CUUUCUUGAUGAGGCGUCGCUCUUCUUUCAUGUAGGCUCUGGCGAGCAAUAAAGGCUCUGAUCUAGUAGUGCUGGUUUGCCUCUGUGCUCAGCCGCCAGGACUACGGUUGACAAGCCUAGGUGCUCAAGUCACAAAAAGGGAUCGCUCUCUAAAAUAGAGCCUUGUGUUCAUUUCUUGCUUGCAUGAUUCUCUACCUAUAGUCGGAAUGUCAGUGAUGCCAUUGUUAGAAUAGUAGGACUUAGUAGGACUUGGAGAAGUCCUUCUGUCCAAUGUUUAGUGCUGCGUCUCAAGUGCCGAGCCGGCUGCAUUAUAGAGGCACAGUGCUAGCUGAGCAGUUAAAACACCUUCUUCAGCUCCAGCACAAUAGCAUUCAAAUCUCUGAUUGCAACUGCUUUCGAAUCCGGAUAUUAUUCCAGCAACAGGUCUCACCAUGCCAACUCUCAAAUUACUUCUCACGCCUUCGCUAGCUUGUGAAGCUGCAAAUCAGUGUAUCAAUGUCCGGAUAACUCUCGAUGUCCCAGGGUUCGAGCAAGAUGCAAUUCUCUUCCAUCACAUCCUGUCACGAGGGCCUAUCAAGACAAUGCAAUACACCUCCGAUGCUCUCCACAUCCGAGACGCUCUAGGCCCAGUUCAAGUUCACCAUGAAGAUUCCGGACGUAGACGAUUUCGAGAGUUUCUUGUUGAUAGAGACGUCCCUCCUGGAGAGCUGACCAUCGAAUACCAAGCUCUGCCUUGGAAACCCACAGAGACAAGUCCAUGUGGUCCUCAGAUUGCCAUUGAACGAGACGGCGGGGGUCUUACGGGAGCGGGCAUGGCAUUCAUUCUUCGACCCGACCUUGAUAUGGUCAUGGACAUCACUGUCGAGUGGGAUUUAUCUUCUACGCCCCCUGGCACACAAGCAGCGUGCAGUCUGGGAGAAGGCACAAUGGUCUCUGCCAAGGUCAAGCCUGAUGUGCUUGACGAGUGCUUUUUCGCAGUAGGUUCUCUGCAUAGCUAUCCUCCUCUUGGAACCAGCGGGAAAUUCGGCAUGUACUGGCUCGAGAACCCAUCCUUCGAUGCGCCCGCUCUUGGAAGACAGAUGGAAUCUCUGAUCCCGAUAAUAGCGGCCUUCUUUCAUGACCAAGACCUCACUUACAGAAUCUUCAUUCGUCGCAACAUCCAGAAAUGUGUUUCUGGCCGUGGUCUGUAUCGUGGCUUUGUUUUCGCCUGGACAACCGUCGUUCCUCGUGAUCAAGAUGAGAUCGUGGAGUUUCUGAUGCACGAAACAGUCCACAACUGGCCUCGGCUUGGUUUCUCUGGCGACUAUCCAACUCCGGAAGAGCUUGCUGAUGGAUGGUUCAACGAAGGCAUCGCGGAAUACUACUCCAUCAUUUUGCCAUAUCGAUUCGGAAUCUUUUCAGAACAAGAACUCAUCCGUAGACUCAACAUCCGAAUAUCUGGCUACUACACAAAUCCCGACCUCGAAGUCAAGAACAAAGACGUUCAAGACAGGUUUUGGAAUGGCGGACACGUAAAUCGAAUCCCGUACCAAAGAGGCUUCAUGUACUUCAUGCAGCUAGCUUACAAGCUCAAGAAAGCCAACGCCCGUUCACUGGACAACAUCAUCCUUGAUAUGGUGGAUCUAAGACGACGAGGGAAGCCGCACGGCAUCAUUGUUUGGCUUCACCUGAUUGCAGUAGAACUGGGUCCUAGCGUCGAUAACGAGUACCGUUUCAUGGCCGACGCUCACCUCAUUAUACUUCCUUCGGAUGUUUUACAGAUCACCGAGAGUCUGAAUUGGACACUCGAAAUGCAGCGGCAAGAGCCAUUUUACCUUGGUUUUCCCGAAGAAUGCUUGACUGCCAACCCACCCGUAGUCAAAUUGCUCGAUCCUGACUCCAGAGCUGCUGAGGCGGGUGUUCGCGAAGGAGAUGUUGUUACGAGGCAGUAUAGUUUCUUCGUCGUUGCAGAAAGAUGGGGGCAAAAUUUUAGUAUGAAUGUGAAAAGAAAGAAUGACGAAGGCAUAGAGGAGCUGAAAACGAUAGAGUGGUGGCCAAGAAGUCGUGAAACGGUUGAGAGUUAUCAAUUUGUGGCACGUUCAGAGGCAUGAAUCUUACACCGCAUUGCGUUGCAAUCUUGAUUGCUUCUUUGAGCCCCUGAUCUUGUCAUUUGCUCUUGACUCGCUUUUAUACAAGAGUGACGAAGCGAAUAAAGUCUUGCGCUGCUCCCAAAAAUUUUUUUUUUCGAAAGAAUUGAAUGGCAAAACCUUUCCCAGGUACCAGCCAGAGAGUACCUAGGGGGAUAACAGAUUCAAGCGAAGUGUAAUGAGUAAACAUCGUAGCAGGAAACAGGAAUCUGAAUUCGACUGUUCUGGACUCGACCAUUCGGC